AUGCUGCUACAAUACGCGCUCUUGUUCGCUCCGUUGGUGAACGCCUGGACCUUCCGCUACACCAACGUAACAAACGCCACCGAGAUCGCGCGUGGUGAUGAACCCCAGAAUUGCACAAAUUCACCCAUCGGCCAGGACAGACUGUUCACCUGGGAUCCGGAGGGGUCUGAUCUCUGUGUGUCGAUCUACCGCGACACAGACUGUAUUUCCAGAGGCGGAUACGCAUGUGGCAUCUGGAGAAAGAAUGCCAGCGCACCAUUCUCAGCCUUCGAUGUCAUGCUCGAGAGUGAGAUCGUUGCAAAAUCCCGGGCAUCGGAGUCCUCCUUGACACAAACCUCCACAUCGUCCUCGACACCUACCUCUACAUUUGUGACCUCCGUCUCCGCCUCCGUAACCCCAACACCUCCCGCUGCGGCCAGCAAUGCCGACGGCGGUUCUUCGGGCGGGUCUUCUCUCUCUGGAGGUGCUAUUGCAGGCGUUGUGAUUGGCGUCGUAGCAGGUGUUCUGAUUAUCGUCGGGCUUGUCGUGUUCUACAUGAAAAAGAAAAACAAGCCAAAGCCUCCGGUUGAUAGUCAAGAUGGUGGUUACGGGCCCCAUGAGGUGGACGCUACUGGGUCUUCCACCAGCGGUACCACAGCUGUGGAGAAAGAUGGGAGCUUAUCAGCUGUGCGCGCGUUCAGACCACCGCCUGGAUCGCGGGUUGUUGAGUUGGCAGGGGAUGAAGGGACUGCUGAGCUGGGCAGCAGCCCGAUCAGUGAGAUGGAUGCGCAGAGCCAGAAGAAGUUUGACCGGACUUGA